AUGGCCCCCCCGACUCACAAUCCGGACGACGAAAUGUCCCUCGUUGACGAGGACCUCCAGCUCGACGGUGAGGAGCUCCAUCUCGACGAGCUCCCUACCAUCACUCUUGCUCCCUCUCCCGCAGCUGACGAGACCCGGCGGCAAAAAAGGCCCCCCAGCCCGACUGCCCCCCUGGCUAGCGCCUCUCAGGGAGCUGGCAUCGUCUUGACGGCCCACGCUCCUGCUCCCGCGCCCACCCGCAACCUGCGUCGUCCGAGGCCCGGCCCUGUCAUGCCCCGCCGCCGCCUUGCAGUUGUCUCGCUGCUCAUGCCCGAGGCGGGCGCUGACGCCAUCCGCGCCGACCUCAUCGCCCGUAUCACCGCCAUGCUGAAGCCGCACUUUUUCCGCCGCGGUUCUGUCCCGGAGUUUGAAGUUGCCACCGGCAAGGCGCUCCGGGUCCCGCGCCGUGCCUACGCACGGCUCUGCUUCUCUUGGCCGACGGAGGAGGAGGCCGAGGACUUUAAGCGACUCUUACCCCGCUCCAUCUCUCUGAAUUCCUCCCGCUCUGUGCUUCUGAAGGUGUUUGAGGACCGUAACCCGGGCUUCACAGCUGCCAAAGCCGGGGGAGCUGCCACGCUGUCGCUCCGUAACAUUCCCCCGGGGUACACCCCGGAGGAUGUCCGCGAUUUUCUGCUGAACGGUGCGGAUCCGUCCGAACCGGGCUGGCUCGCGGAUCUUCAGUUCUUUCACCGCACGACCGAUCCGUACGAGGAGGUGUUCCUGCCCGUUUUCACCGGCAUCCCUCUCCCCCUCCCGGAUGACCCGUCGUUCUCCCGCAUCCCGGCGGUCAUCCCGUUUGAGGACGGCUCCCCUCCUGCCCUGCUCAAUGUUUCCACCCACGUGUGUGCCUUCUGCGGGAACAAGCAUCGUGACUCCGAUCACGAGACGUUCGCUUUCAAGCGCGAGCAGCGCCUGAACAACAAGGCUCAUAUCUCUGUUGCUCAGUUGCAGCAGACCAACGGUACGCCCUUCUGCCCUGCCCUCCCUUUCCCCUUUUCGCCCACUCACCUGCUUGUUUGCUGCUGCCCCCCGCUCUCUGUCUCUCUCGCCUCCAGUCUUGCAAUCGUUUCUUUUCCCCUGGCCACUUUGCUCUGCUCUGCGAUCGACAUGCUCCGUCCUUUCGACCCCCUCCUUGCUAUCUUCUGCCCCUGUACUGCUCCCCCUUGCCCCCUCCCCCCCUUUCCCCCCUUGCUCUCGAGGACUUCCAUCCCCUGGUCUCUGCUGGCCUUUCCCCUAUUUCCAACUCUCAGCCCCCCCUCCCAUGUACUCGCCUUCCCGUGCUCUCCCACCAUGGGAUCCAUCCACAAGCCCCUUCUGUACAACCCCCCUCUGCCCCCUCCCGGGCCGCCCCCCCUGUACCUCACUGCCUUACGCUUACAUGGCUUCACUGUCUCACCCUCCUUGCGCCCUUCCUCCCUCGAUUUGCCUCUUCGCUGCCUCCCCUUUCCCGCCCCGUUCUCCUUGCACUUCCCCCAUGGGCCUGCCCCCUCGCUUUACACCCGCAACUCCAGCCCCUCUCUGCCUCCCUCGCUCGUGAUCACCUUCUGGCCUCUGGAUUUGGCAUGCUUUCCUCCUGUGCCCCCCACUGCCCUCUCCUCCCAUGCCUCCCCUUCCCCCCCCCCUCUUCGCAAUCAGGCUGCCUCUGACUCCUCAACCGCGGCCCUCCCUGACAGGCCUCUCUUUCCACACUCCCCCAAUACGCCCCUGCCCCGGCCCACAGCUCCCCUCUGUCACCUAUGCCCGCGCCUCUCCCUCACACAGGGCACCCCCGCCCUUUUGCUUUGGCUUAACUCACUUCUGUUCCCCCUCCGGGUCUGUCCCGUUUUCCUCCCCCCCUGCUUUCCCCAUGGCGGCCUUCUGGCCGCCCAUGCUUCGGCCCAUGGCCACUCUUACCUUCAUCGGCAGAACUUCAGUCCCCUCUGCCUCCCCCCAUUCUCUCUUUCUCCCCCUUGUUCCCCCCCCGCCAUCUCGCCUGCUCCCCAUCCAUACCGCCCCUCCUCUUCCCAGGCGCACACCUCCAACCUGCGCGCAGCUGCCAAGGGCCCUGCUGCGAAGGAAAAGUACAGCAACUGGAGGGCCCUUACGUUCCUGGAUAUCCCCCAGAUCGGUUCAUUCCUCUCCCAGUGA